AUGAAAACUGAGGGCUCGGGCCGCGUGCUUGAGCGAGAGCGGCCCUACAAAAUCACACACCAAGUCCUCUGUUUGACUUCAAUCAAUUUCCAACGGCAAUCGAUCAUAGGCUUCGUGGAAUUGACAUUGUGUCCGACGAAGAACAACGUUCGCUGGGUCCGUCUCAACUGCAAACAGUGUAAAAUAUACAGGAUACGUAUAAAUGACGUCCACGAGGCAGCUUUCACCUACAAUGACCCUACCAGAGAGAUCUGUCAGGGCGAAUCCAAGCAAAGAAACUUGGAUCAUUUCUGUCAAGCGCAUCUCACCGCAGUGUCGGUGGUGGAUGGCUAUCUGGGCUACGGCGAAGUGUCCGUGAGGAUUCCGUCCGACGUGCCCAUAAAUACAGACGAGCCCUUUCGGGUGAGCGUCGAAUUCUCGCUGGAAAGACCCGAUGGGGGAAUGCAUUUCGUCGUCCCAGAAGGUGAGGGCACCCUACAGGAGCGGGGUGCCCACUGUUUUUCCUACGGGUGGAUGAAUUCCGCCAGAUUAUGGUUCCCUUGCAUCGACACAUUCUGUGAUCCAUGCACGUGGAAAAUGGAAUUUACCGUGGAGUCUUUCAUGACAGCGGUUGCUCCCGGCGAUCUCGUUGAAGUGGUUUACACACCUGAUUCCAAGAAGAAGAAGACAUUUCACUACUCCUUGAACAUACCGACGUCUGCGCCGAACAUCGCCGUAGCAAUCGGACCCUUCGAAAUCCUAGUGGACCCCAACAUGCAUGAAGUGACUCAUUUCUGCUUGCCGCAGCUCCUGACGCAACUGAAACAGAGCACUUCGUUCCUACAUGAAGCAUUCGAGUUCUACGAAGAGCUCUUAUCGACGAGAUAUCCAUACUCCUGUUAUAAACAGGUUUUCGUGGCCGAAGCAUACGAGGAAGUUUCAGCUUAUUCGACCAUGUCGAUCUUCUCGACGAAUUUGCUGCACACUCGCCAUAUAAUCGAGCAAGCUUACGUCUCGAGACGUCUCAUGGCUCAAGCCCUGGCCUCUCAGUUCUUCGGAGCCUAUAUAUCCCUCCACAGUUGGUCGGACGUCUGGCUGCCACUCGGUAUAACGAACUACCUCGCGGGUCAGUACUGUAAGAAAGCAUUCGGGAACAACGAAUUCCGGUACAACCUCAUGAAGGAUCUCGAGCUGCUAUGUAGAUACGAAGAAGAUUAUGGUGGGAUCGUUCUCGACUCAUCGCAAACAGAGCAACCCGGUUUGAAUUUCCACUUUCCUGUAAAUCACCUGCAUACGUUUAGUCCGUACUUCCUGUCUGUGGUCAAGAUGAAAGCGCACCUCGUCAUACGUAUGUUGGAGAAUCGUCUCGGCAAGGAGCUGCUCCUCCAGGUGUUCAACAAACUCCUAUCUCUAGCCGGAGCUGCAACGAAAGGAAUCGGCGGCCUCGAAAACAUGCUGGUGUCGACGAAUUCCUUCCAGAAAGCAGUUUUUCUCGUAACUGGCAAGGAGAUCAACACCUUCAUCGACCAUUGGGUUCGACAGGGUGGUCACGCUAAGUUCGUCGGCUCCUUCGUUUUCAAUCGGAAAAGAAAUACCGUCGAGCUGGAGAUCAGGCAACCGGACGUAGGAACGAACGGCAUAAAGAAAUACAACGGACCUUUGCUGGUUACAAUCCAAGAGCUCGACGGAACCUUCAAACACAUGUUGCAGAUCGAGGAUAUCGUCUCAAAACACGACAUCACCUGUCAUUCGAAAUCGCGGAGGAACAAGAAAAAGAAAAUCCCGCUCUGCACAGGCGAGGAAGUCGACAUGGAUCUCUCGGCGAUGGACGCGGACUCACCGGUGCUCUGGAUCCGAAUCGACCCGGAGAUGUUGGUGCUCCGGACCGUGCAUAUCAACCAACAGGAUUUCCACUGGCAUUACCAAUUGCGGUACGAGAGGGAUAUCACCGCUCAGCUCCAAGCUCUUCGAGAACUAGAGCCCAUGUGCUCCCAGGACACAAGAAAAGCCUUGACAGACACCAUAGAGAACGACCAGUGUUUCUACAGAGUGCGCUGUGAAGCGACAUACUGCUUGAAGCAAGUGGCGAACGCCCUUCAAACUUGGGCUGGGCCUCCGGCGAUGAUCACCAUAUUCAAGAAACUGUAUGGAUCUUUCGCCAGUCCCAACAUGGUCAAACAGAAUAACUUUUCGAACUUCCAACAUUACUUCUUGCAGCAGGCCAUCCCGAAAGCGAUGGCCGGCCUGCGAACCGUACACCGGAUCUGCCCUCCCGAAGUUCUAUCGUUUCUGCUCGAUCUCUUCAAAUACAACGAGAACUCGAAGAACCGUUAUUCAGAUUGUUAUUAUCGACGGGCGCUUAUCGACGCGCUCUCCGAAACGGUAACACCGGUCGUGUCGGUUAUGCUGAACCAGAGCAAUUCCAAGGUCAUGGUGGACAGCAUGUCGGAGGAGACGAAAAGCAUCCUGGAAGAAAUAACGCGAUGUCUGAAUUUGGAGAAAUUGCUCCCGGGCUACAAACUAGUUUGUACGGUCGGGUGUCUCCACGCAAUCCGCAAACUCCAGAAAAUGGGCCAUAUACCGAACUCGGCGGAACUAUUCCGUCAGUACGCGUCUCACCAGCAGUUCGAAGACGUCAGGCUGGCCGCGCUCGAAAUGCUGGUCGAUUUCACGUCGACCGACGGAAGCGUAGAAGACCUUAAUCACCUGCUCGACGUGGUAGAAAGCGAUCCCGUGCCCCUGAUCAAAUUCGAGGUUCUCCGUUUGCUGACGCAGAAUCCCCCCUUCUCGAAGAAAGAGACCAGUACACAUAAUUCGGCCUUCAAUAACGAACAUCUCGUCGAACGUUUAUGGCGGAUGAUGAACUCGACGUUUUCUCACGACUCUAAAUUACGCUGCGCGGUCGUCGACCUCUAUCACGUCCUGUACGGCCGCGGUCGGCCACAGUGUCUCCCGAUGCCCGAAUUGGGAGUGGUGUUCAAUUUGAAAGAGAAGCGGACGCAACUGAACACGAGCACGAUGGGCGUCGGGGACGCCUUAACCAAAUGGAAUUCGGAUGAAGACAUCAACGUCGAUGAGUUCGAUUCCGCCAAGCGACGAAAAAUCGGGGAUUCGUCCUCUGAGUCGUUUUCUUUACCGCCUAUCGCUGCCACCGAUGAUCAGAUACUGCGACCGCUCGGUUUCGACGCCUCAAUGUUCCCCAGGUCCGAGACGCCUACAGGGUCGAACGCAAUGGAAACCGAUGACAUACUCGCCAUUGAUGCGGCCGUCGAGAACGCGGCCGCAGACUCCCCUGCCGCCUCCGAUACCUCCAAAGCGGUACUGCCAUCCACGCCGGAACCCUCUUCCGCGCUGGAGUUUGGCCUCGUGCCUGUUUCCCUUCCAGUCAGUGAACAUUCAUCUUCUCAUUCGAAACACAAGAAGAAGAAAAAGAAGAAAGAUAAGAAGCAUAAAAAGAAGGAUAAGAAAGACGUCAACAUUACAGAUAACUCUGUAGCGGGAGAUCUCAGCAGCACUCAGCCAUCACCCCUCUCUAAUCACGAUAGUCCCCACCUUCUAAUGGAUGCCGCCGAUAGCCCGAUGGAUGGAGUCAUUUAG